UUCUCAUUCAUUGCUAAUGUAUCCAUCUGGACAUUCAAAAGGCAAAAUAACAAUAAUAAAAAAAGCCUGUGAAUACAUUUACGAUUAUAAGCGGAGGGUUGUUAAUAGCUAAAAUAUGAGCUCUUUCAAGAAGCGUGUGCCGUCAGCUCAAACCAGUCUUCCAGCGGGCUGCCGUCUUUCUGCCUAUAAUGGACAAGUUCUUAUUUCGACUGGGAUUCCUUCGUUAGAUGAUAUUCUUGGGGGAGGACUUCCUUUAGGGACAAUCCUCCUGGUCCAAGAGGAUCGCCAGACAUCCUACGGCCAAUUACUACUCAAAUAUUUUUUAAGACAAGGAGUCGUGGCUGGCGACAAAUGCGUGGUUGUGAGCGGUGAUGAGCGUCCAGAGGCAAUAAUGAGGUCAUUGAUGGGGAUCGCCGGUGAGGAGAGUUCCUCAAGCCAGGUGCAGCAAGGAGUUGAUAGUCGUGAUGACAAUGAGGCGAAGGGGGACAACCGCAGGGUUAAAAAAUCAGGAGCAUCUGCUGAGGAUGAAGAUGACGAAGAUUCAGAGCAAGGAAGACUUAAGAUCGCAUGGAGAUAUAGCGGAUUAAAAAAGUUUGAAAGCGGGGUUGAUGGCCGCUCUCUGCCAGUCAUAUCGUCGCGUGUUAACAAAGAGCCAUCCUCUUCAGAUGGGUCUGUCCCAACGCCAAACCAAAUCCCGUUUUGUGAACAGUUUGAUCUCACGACACGCAUUUCAGCUAGGGCAUUGGAGACCGCCGACACGACGCUGAUUGAUUCUGGAGAUCUAUUAAGACAUAUCAGCGUCAAUAACCAGGAAAUAGCAGGGAGUGAUCUGGACGAUAGUGAAAAUGAAAAUGAGGAUGAUAAUCCAUCAGCUGCCGAAAUAGUCAGUAAUCAGCCUGAUUUGUAUCGAAAUGUGCUUGACAAGAUUAGAGAGACAGUCGUCAAUGGAGGAUUCAGUACUACGCUUGUCAAGGACCCCUUGGCGCCAUUGCCAGCGCCUGGAGCUGUCAAUCUAUCCGGGCGACAUGUUUGCAGGAUUGGAAUCAACUCGAUUGCAUCUCCAAGCUGGAGAAGUAAAACACCACAGGAUCUUUACAAGUUUUUGCAUGCUUUGCGUGGCCUUUUACGGUUUAGUUUUGGUGCUGCGGUUAUUACGAUCCCUGCACAUCUGUAUGGCACUGUUGAUCAGAGACAUGCUACGGAUGGCUCCACCACUUCGCCAUACAUUCAUCGUCUCGAGCAGCUCUGUGAUGCUUCUGUUCGGAUUGAGUCUUUUGCGGGUGCUUUAACCAAUGCAUCAUCAGCGGCAUCGGAUUAUCAUGGUCUAUUUCAUGUACACAAAGUUCCUGUUCUCAAUGCUCUAGUUUCUUCCUCCACGAAGCUAUCAGUUCUGCUCAAUGGCUCUGCUAAGGGCUCGGGUGGACAAAGUGGAGGGAGUGGACGCAGUGGAGGCUCGAGUAAAGGAGUCAAUAACUUGGGAUUCAAGGUGCGAAGAAAGCGGUUCACUAUUGAGACGUUCCAUUUGCCCCCCGAAGGCGGUGUGGGACAGAGGAGAACGUCAGCGGAACCAUCGUCAUCUGCGGGAUCGUUAUCAGAUCGAAAGACAGGAUCCAGUGCUACUUCAUCCUCAACACCAUCCUCAUUUUCUAGGCGAGAUGUUGGGGCAUCAUCCGGAUCUCUUAGGAAGCCAUUAGGUGGAAGUAAUGUCAAUAGCAACAAUAGCGGGAGCAGUAGUAGUAGCAGCAAUAAUAAUAAUAAUAAUACUAUUAAUGCCCGUGGAAAGGUUGAUAUACAUUCUGUACCAGGAGCAAGCGGAAUGGCACGUAAAAUGAUGGGGCUUCCUCCGGUUGGGAUCCAAGGAGCGGUCACUUCAAGCUGCAGCACAGAAGGACCUGAUAGCAGUGGACAUCAACAUGUUCAUGGACAUGGACACGGCCAUGGAUCUCUGUCGGGAAAAGUAACAACAUCCAAUAGUAGUUUACUUGAUUUCUAAGAGAAAGGCAGAUGAGCAAAUGAUCUGUAUUUCCAGUUCAAGCAAGAACCAGCAAG